AUGAAGGGCGACGGCAACUGCCUGUUCCACGCGCUCGCAGACAAAAGCCACGAAGAAGGGGAACAAGUGCGAACCCAGAUCAUCCAGUACCUGCAGGAGAACGCAGCCUCUCAAGAAGACGAAGAACAAGUAGGAGCCUGGACCGAAGAGGCCGAGUACCUCGAGAGCGACCCGGGCCACUGGGGCGGAGACACAGCCAUCGUCGCCUUCAGCCUAAUGAGACAGCAGCGCGUGAUCCUACACUGGCGCGAAGACGACGGCCACAUCCAGACCUACGAACGCACGCACAUGAAAGUGCGGGCAGCUGCACGGCGAGUCCAGCUCGCGGAGCAAGACGACGCCGAGGCCAUCCACCUCUGGUACAACGGAAGAAACCACUACGACCGCCUCGUCCUCAAACAAGACCAACCGCCCGAUCCGGGCCCAAGCACUUCCGACCAUCCCGGCGGACCACAAGAUGCCGAAGAGGCGCCACCCCUGCCACCGCCGCCGGCACCCCACCCGAAGCCACGCCCGCCCAAGCGCCAGAAGACCACAACCGACCAAGCCAACUGCACACGCCCGACCCACUCAAAGGAACUCGCGGAGCCAGCAGAAGCAGGAACGCCCGACGAAGCCCAAGGCGGUGAGCCCAGCCUCCUCGAGGAGCUGACACGCAUACCCGUUGCCGCAAAACCCACGCAGCGCCACCCCAGACGAAACCUGGAAGAUGCGCUCAAGCGCUUCGCCAAAACCCGCCUACGAGCCCAGCCGCUGAUACCACCCGACGCCAAAGCCGAGAACGUGGACAAGGGCGAAGCCUGGCCGCGGGUCUUCUGCGCAUUCCAGGAAUGCACGUGGUCCUCGUUCUCAGGAACGGAGCAGGAACUGCACCAGCACGUCAGAGACGCUCACGCAGAAGAGCUGAAGUUGGUCGCCCAACACCUUCCCAGGCCCCUGCCUAGCGACGCCAUCACCAGCAUCUACAACGAAGCCAUCGCACUGCAAUGCCGAGAAGCCGCACCCGUCGCGGGCAGCUCACGAGACAGAAGCGCGCUGCGGAGCUUCGCCGAGGCCACCAGCAAGGACAACGUGGAAUCGCUCAUUUGCUUCAGCUGCGCCUGCAUUCACCCGCGCACAGCCGACACGACGGCCAACAGCCGCAUCGGAUGGCGCAAACUCAUCCAGAGCCCCGCCAGCAACGACGAAAGCCACGCCGAAAGCACCGCAGAACUGCACGAGCUGCUCAACAUCGACAAGUACCUCAGCUACUACGACGACCUCGCCGGAGACGCAAAGCUCACAGACGUGGCCAACUUCGACGACUGGACGGUAACCAUCCCCGGAUUCGGCAACAUCCUGUGCUGCCCGGAG